AUGGCCCGACCUCAAGGCCAGAUGGAGGGCGUUGACGCUUCCUCCAGCCAAGCUGCCAUAAUCGUUAGUGACGACACAACACCUAGCAUGAAAAAUUCCAAGUGGACGGAUACAUCCUAUGGCAUUUUAACUACCCAGAUCGAGAAGAGUGAAAGUGGGGGUGACAGAUUUACCAUUCGAUGCCACGCUAUUGACUCAAAGUUGCUCAACACCUUUGAGAACGGACUCAAGGCGGACGGCAUUGAGAAUAAGUCAAAGCCACAAGGUCUAGAAGGCGACGGAAAAUUGAUAGAUAGGAAUCCUCAAGGUCCUCCCCGCCCACCGCAUCCAAUAGCAUACAUUACUUGGAAGAAACUUAAAAAGCUGUUCCUGCGUGAUUGGAGUGCAUGA